AUGGCCAAGUUAGGGACCAAUAAUGAGGCUUUGAAAGCUAGGACUGCGGCUAAAAAAGCGACGCAAACUGCAGUUGGACAACCACAUUGGUACACCAACAAUACGGCCUUGACCAGGGAACAGAACAAGAUUUCCCAGGCCACUGUCCAAAGCCAACUAAGGGAGGCACCUGGCCCCAACCAGACAGGGAGAUCGGGCUAUCCUCACAAAUAUGGAAACGGAGACACAGGUCCUGAUGGCCGGCCGCUAUUUCGUAUCCGCACCAAUAGCUCUACUACAUCCUUUCGCGAGUAUCCAGUCAUGGCAAAUGAGACCACCUAUCCCUUUGACACAAAGCCAAAGGCUAGACCAGGUCCCUUUCGGGCGAUAACGAACCAAAAUAAGUCUUUCAAAGGAGUGAUAUCCCAUGAUGGCAAGGACGGAAACCCCAAUGCUGGUCGUUUUCAUCCACCUCUCAUCGUCAGCCUUCUCACUCUCCUCUCUCCACAACUUAUCUCCUACCUUCCUCCCCAACUCAAUCUCUUCUCAUUGUCAACCUAUCUCCCCUUUACAGAAACAUCUGGCGCUGCAAAGAUGGGUCCCUGGGGACACCUUAUUUUACCAAAGCGACAGUUGCUCCAGCGGAGUCAACUGCCUGGUACGGGACCCGCUGAGAGGACCACCUCCAGCGCCAGACACAAUAUCACCUUUACGGGCCCGUUGCGACCAUGGCCCGACUUUGCAAACCAGGUCAAAGCUGCGCAUAAUGCAACAGUCAUCCAAUACGACCUCUCUACCCGUAACCUAAGUGACGAGAAGGCCUUCGUCUCUCAUGAGGCGGGCGUUCAAGGACGGGUAGAGAAUAAUAUUGGCCAUUUUCUUAGCGCUGUUUUUGACGCCCAAGCUGUCAACAUGUGCUUUGCCGGCUUUAAGGCCACAGGUCGGCAAUAUAAGAGAGCCCCCGACACCAUUAUGGCUUCUAAGCCGGACCCUCAGAACGGGGAUAUACAACAUUUACGGGUUGUCGGUGAAGUUAAGGUCCCAACAUGGACCGACGACUACGCCGAACCCCUUGAAGAAGUCAUCGUCCCCUACAUUCGCAAUAAGCUCGACACAGAUGGUCUGGGAGAGAAGGUGCUCGAAAGGUCUCGUCAUAGCGGCCAUUUCUUGCAUACCUACUAUCAAACGAUUGUUCUCACAGCUGUCAUGAGGCGUGCAGGGGCUAGGAUCAAGCCGGAACACCUCCUGUAUCUCCGCAGGGCGGCUCGGGCGACUGAAAUCGAGUCGGUUCAGGCCCAGUUUAUUUCGGUUUUGGAUCAUACCAGCCUGGUGUUCCGCGGAGCUUCGAGGAUGAUUAGUCGGUUGACCCAUCGAAGCAUGUUGUUUGACUUCCUGCUAACUAUCAUUAGACCCCAGUGUUAA